AAUAAAAAAUUGUUACAGAAACAACCAUAAAUUUCAAAAUUAUGGAUUCAUAAUACUUGUAUACUGAGUUAUAUAACUAUUAUAUUAUUACAUAUUUCACACAAGAAUAUCACUUUGUAAGUCAAGUAAAAUCAACAUAGUUAAAGAAACAACCAGAUAUGAAGUCAUAGUAGUUGUGAUUUUAAAUUAAUUUUACCCUUGGAGAUUUUAUACCAUAAUAGUUAACGAACAUUAAGGUUACCUUCUCAAUAAAUAGCAUCCUCAUUGCUCCGUAUCUAUCACAAACAGAUAAAGAUCACUUAUCAAUCCGAACAAAGAAAAAAAAGAUUUGUGACAAAGAACCAAGCUAUGUCUUCUUCAAGCUCUUCCACACCCACACCCAAAUCCAAAAAACUCAAAGGCAUUGUUGUGGCCAUGGAGAAGUCGAAAGAGAAGGCAACAAGGAGCACUAAUCUGAAACUAGGUUCUCCUCAAGAGGUUACCUCUGAAAGGAGGUUUGAGAACUCUAGUUUUGGAUCUAGUGCUGUCCGAAGAGGAAGAGAGAUCAUGAAGUUUUAUCCGUCCAAAUCGAACAAGAUCUACACUUGUCAUUUUUGCAAGAAAGGAUUCUCAACCUCUCAAGCCUUAGGUGGUCACCAGAACGCGCACAAGCAAGAGCGGGAGUGGGACAAAAAGCGGAAGGAGAUGCAAGCCGACUACCCUGGACUCGCCUUUUUUAACCCUUACCUUGAUAAGCCUCACAUUCUCUUAGGUGGGUAUUCACAAGAUGCUUUAUCAAAUGAAAAUCAUCUUGGGAUCACUCUUGAUCCUUUUAAACGUUUAAUUUACCCAUCUUUCAAGAGUGGGGUCAUUGGAGGAAUUGCGGAUAUGAACGUGGCUGUAGUUCCUCGUGUGACUCCUACUCGCUUCUUCACCGGGAACACUAGUACCAAUGGUUCAGCUUCAAGGGUCCCUAAUCCUUUACCAUCCUACAACAACCUUUACCCAUUAAACUCGAGAAACGUUCUUCCUUUUCCUCCUUUUCAAACUACCAAACUUUCUAGCAAUUUGGUUUCGCAAGGAAACGGUUUGAGCGAGGAGAAUUUCAUCUCAAAGAUUGGAACAAAGAACAAUAUUGUGGAGAUUGAUGAUGAUGAUGAUGAUGAUAUCCAACCAGAAGAAGAAAAAACUAAAAGCGGGGGAAUUGAUUUAUCUCUAUCCCUUUGAGUAUCUUUUUUAGUUUUAUGCGUUAUGUAAUUUUUCAUUUUAGAGGUUUCAUAGUUACUAGAGACCUUAUAUUCACCACAUUUCUAUAUGAAGAUUGUUGUUAUCCUUUUUAAGUUAUUGAAUUUCAUUAUAAAUGUUCAUUUCCUUGUAUCAUCUCUUCUUCUAUUCACAUCUAAUUGUGUUCUAGUUAAUUUUCUUUUAUUAUUUCCCAAUUUUUUUUCUUACUCCAAUAUCUAUAUCGCGUGAGUGUUCUACAAUUUUUUGCAGUUUCCAAUACGUCCUGAUUAAAUAUUCAUAACGAAUUAAAUCCCCCCAAGGUUAUGUGCCUUGAUUUGAAGUAUGUGGAGAAACCAAAACUAUUUGUCAGUUUUCUUGAACAUCUAUAACAUUGAUGUUAUAACAUUGAAGUAGUAGAAACAUUUAGGG